UCAAAAACGGAGGCGGGGAGCCGCGACCCGGAAGCGGAUGUGAGGCGUCCACUGUCGCAGAGAGAGGCUUGCGUGCCUUUCCGGUCGGGUAGCGUGCGGGAGUGGAACCGCUGCCAUGAGCGUCCCGGCCUUUAUCGAUAUCACUGAGGAAGAUCAGGCUGCAGAACUUAGGGCUUACCUGAAAUCCAAGGGAGCUGAAAUAUCAGAAGAGAAUUCUGAAGGUGGACUUCAUAUUGACUUGGCUCAGAUCAUUGAAGCAUGUGAUGUGUGCCUAAAGGAUGAUGAUAAGGAUGUUGAAAGUGUGAUGAACAGUGUUGUGUCUCUUCUACUUAUUCUGGAAUCUGACAAACAAGAGGCAUUGAUUGAAAGUCUAUGUGAGAAACUGGUCAAAUUUCGGGAAGGUGAACGGCCAUCUCUCAGACUGCAACUGCUGAGUAACCUCUUCCAUGGCAUGGAUAAGAAUACUCCUGCAAGAUACACAGUCUACUGCAGCCUUCUUAAAGUAGCGUCUAGCUGUGGUGCUAUACAGUACAUUCCAACUGAAUUGGAGCAGGUUCGAAAAUGGAUUUCAGAUUGGAACCUUAAUACAGAAAAAAAGCAUACACUUCUUAGACUUCUAUAUGAUGUUCUAGUGGACUGUAAGAAGAGUGAUAAUGCAGCCAAAGUAAUGGUAGAGUUGCUGGGAAGUUACACGGAGGACAAUGCUUCACAGGCUAGAGUUGAUGCUCACAGGUGUAUUGUCCGUGCCCUGAAGGAUCCAAAUACCUUUCUCUUUGAUCAUCUUCUUGCCUUAAAACCUGUCAAAUUUUUGGAAGGGGAACUUAUCCAUGAUCUUCUGACCAUUUUUGUAAGUGCUAAGUUAGCAUCCUAUGUCCGGUUUUAUCAGAAUAACAAGGAUUUCAUUGACUCUCUUGGAUUAUUACAUGAGCAGAAUAUGGCAAAAAUGAGACUACUCACCUUUAUGGGAAUGGCAGUAGAAAACAAGGAAAUUUCAUUUGACACCAUGCAGCAGGAACUUCAGGUUGGAGCCAGUGAUGUUGAAGCUUUUGUUAUUGAUGCUGUAAAGACAAAGAUGGUGAAUUGCAAAAUUGAUCAAACACAGAGAAAAGUAGUGGUCAGUAAUAGCACCCAUCGGACCUUUGGAAAGCAGCAAUGGCAGCAGCUGUAUGACACACUUAACUCCUGGAAACAAAAUUUGAAUCAAGUGAAAAACAGUCUCCUCAGUUUGUCUGAUACCUGAUUAUCUUAUCAAUUGUUUUGGUUUCUCUCAAAUGGAAACUCAUUUAUAGUAAACCAUUCAAAUUAA